AUGGGCGACGGCAAGUGUACGUUUGGGACGAGGAUGCCCAUCGACAUCCACAUGCUGAACGAGAUCAUCUACCGCGAGAUGAAACACUUCCGCAACUACAAGAUAUAUCGGCCCAACUUCGGAUCAAUCCCGGUGACGGGCAAGUUCUACGCGGCCCACGACAUGGUGAUGUCGGAGUCCCCCGAGGAGACCGCAAAGGUGGCCGCCUACCAUCAGAACGUGGCACAGACCCGCGCCAAGGGACCCCGCUCCAAAUAUCCCGCCCCUGCAACUGAAAACCAGAGCUACGGUUGGUUCCUCACGCCCCUGGUGCCGAUGGACCGCAACGACCCGCGGUUCUACUUCCCGCAGAAGGAGAGCAUCCACACCAAGAUCGAGGUGGUCAUCCUCAUGUCCAACCCCAAGAACAGGCAGCAGCAUUGA